AUGGCUCAAGCGCCCCCCACUUUCACACCAGACAGCGAGUUCGCUGAGCUCGAAACCCCUCGUGACCCCAAGGGCGGAAGUCUGUCAAUAAAUGCGUUGGCUCGGUUCGAAUUCGAGGCAGGUAAGGGAAACGAUGGCACCAAAAUCCUGAUGAUUGAGUGGGAGGACGACGAUCUCACUCGAUCGAUAACCGAUGGAUCGUGGCAUGUCUCUUGGGCCGGAAAGACUUCCAUCCUGCCCGCCGAUGAACGGCCUAGUGAUAGUUUACGCCGCUUCUACUUCUUGCUCCCGCCCAAUACAACCAUUCCGCCUGUCGUUACGCUUUGCUAUGAGCCGCGGUCAACCCCGUCAAAUACGACUGAUUCCGCGGCCCCUCCGCCCUCGAAGCCGCGGGACGCUUUCCGCCUCAAUCCCCUCCCCGCUAUCUUCCCCUCUGAAUUAGGUGCCACGGGGCGUGCAGCAGGCAAGAAGGGCGUGUUGCAUACAAUCUGGGCAAAGAAACGGCUUCGGGUUCUUGAGGCGGAGAUCGUCGCUGAAACUCGCAACAACAUUGAAGGCAUUGCCCUGCACAUGGCCAUCCAAGAAAAAGAGUGGAUUGAGGAAAACUUUGGAGUCGGGGCGGGUGCUGUCGACUCGGUUGCCAAUAGCCACGACUCCUCGAAUUCAUCCUCCAUUUACCCGGCCACGCCGGUAUCGCCUAUCAGCGGCAGUAAGCUGAGCGACAAGCUUAAGGGACUGAAGCUGCAGACAAGCGAGAAGGACCUAGCCGUGAAUAAUGGUUCAGCUCCCAAUACCGCCCAUCUUCUUUCGCCUCAAUCUCCUGACGUUGCCGUCCCCUCGUUCAGCUCCUUCCGUCACGUCGCGCAUAAGCACAUCCAUUCCAUGCCAACACCAGAUACCAAUCCCACCCCAACUCCAAGCUCUCAUGCCAACCCCUCCGGCCCCGAAACACUUAAGCCGGUUGCAGUCUUCCCACCCUCGGCUCUGCAGGAAGCCCAGAAUAACAGCGGGCCCAGCGGGUUCGCAGCCAUGGGCGCAAUCUCGCGCACCCCGAGCAAUGAUUCCGGCGAGGAAUUGUUCGCCAAGGCACUGAGCCCACGCUCACCGGAUCUCCCUCGGAGCCCAUUCUCAUUCCGUUGA